UUUAUUCGUUUGAGGAACGCUUCUGUGGCGAGGCGAACUCGGGAGCGCGCGGUUAAGUGCCCAUGUGUCUUUGAAAUUUAAAAAUGGAAGCGAAAUUAAAAAACUUCAAGGAUUCGAUGACGUUGCAAGAUUGUGAGAAGACCAACCUGACCACACCGUUUUCAAUCAACGAUAUUUUAACCAAAGAGAAUGAAAAGUGUGAUUUUGAAAAUGGAAUUUUCUGUCAGGAUUCAAACUUUGGCGCGAAGAUGAGUUUUAUGGGCAAAGCGGGCGGUUGUUACGGCAAGGAGGAGGGGUUUGGGAAGAAGGAGACUUUGGAGAAAGAACUGAAGUAUUAUGACGAGUGUGGCGGGUACAGGGACUACAGUGACGACGGCGCUCUGGACAUGUCACGGAAAAACCAGUACGCAGUCACAGAAUUGUCAGAUGACUACGACUCUCGCUCAUCCAACACAGGGUCCCCCGGACGUCGCAACUCUCCCAGCUCGGACAUCGGCUACAAGCCCUUCAACCUCCACUACGAACCUCGGAAAUGCUCCACUCCUCCACCCUCUGGAGACCCGAGACUUCUCACCCCACCUAACUUCUCCAUGACGGAAUACAAUCAAAAUGGCGGACGGAAAAAGCGAUCUCGAGCAGCCUUCUCCCAUGCUCAAGUCUACGAGCUCGAAAGGCGAUUUAGCCAACAGCGAUACCUGUCAGGGCCAGAAAGAGCUGAUCUAGCCGUAAGUCUAAAACUGACAGAGACACAAGUCAAGAUAUGGUUUCAAAACAGAAGAUAUAAGACUAAACGGAAGCAGUUACAGAUGCAGGAGAACGGAAUGUUGGCUGCGGCGGCCGCGGCGGCGAACCAUGCGAGGAAGGUCGCGGUCAAAGUGCUAGUCAACAACAAUGGACAACCGACCUUACCUGAUAUGAAAUACCCAACACCAAUGUUGGGAAAAGCUAUAAAUCCAGCACUGUUCGCCCCGCCUUUACUUGAAGGGUCGCCGAUUUUAAAGCAUUUUGCGGGAGUAUACGGCGUAGAUUUCACGAAAAAUCCUGAGUACAAAGCUUUACUUCAAGAAUCUUACAAUCAAGCUGUAUUGCAGUCACUUUAUGGCCCACAUUUAGGUGUAAACUAUUCUAAUUUACCACUAUCGUAUAUGUACUAUCCCGGUCAUCCUGCUUUCGGCAUGCCUAUACCCUGCGACCUAGAUAGAAGCCAGAGCGAAUCUAGAGCAGACAGUCUAAAAGAGACAGGUGAGCCGGCUGAAAAGAAUAAAGAAAAGACAAUCGAAAAAUGUAAAACCAUAGACAUCAAUGAGAACAGUAACGAAAGUAUGGCCAGUAAUAUUGAAGUAGAGAAUUGAAAUUUGAAAAAAGAAUAACAUCUAUCUAAAUAAUUGGCGUUGAAUUAAAGAAAACAUGUAGUUUGACAUUUGAAUUCCACUGUUGUAUUGAUUAAUUUAAUUUAAGUUUAAAGACUUUUGUUGCAAUGAUAUAAAACCAAAGGCAGCUAGAUUUAGCCAAAGAUUUUCAUUUAGCUAGUAGAAUGUUACUUUAUAUUAGUUAAUGACUGUAAAUAUUAUAAGCGGUUGAGUAAGUGUUCGUAGUUUAUUAUGCAUCUCGUCGGCACGUUUUGUAAAUAGUACAAAGUUAGAAAGUCAAAUAAAGGUGCAAU